AUGCGGAAACACUACGCGACCUGUUUCCUCGGAGUGUACGUAUGUUUUAGCGUCGCGACGGCACGUUUCUGGGGGAUCGUCGAGGAGAGCGAUGACAGAGAUAACGACGAGGAUGAUCUAGAGGAGGGGCAAGCCACGGAGCAGGUAAUUAACCCCGACGUAAAUACCGGGGAGCCAACGACUCAGGGUGACAACGAUGAAGCUUCGGACGCGGGCUGGGACGCCAACCGAGUGAUCAGAGACGUGGCCUACUUCCUCCGGACUCACAAGUUCAAAGAUUUCGACCACCGUUACUACGGCUCGGUCUCUGAGGUGCCGAGGAGACUGUAUCAGGAGUUUCCUAAACCACCGCUGCGGUCGCUGCACUGGGAAGUCCACAAGCAUUGCGCAGUCAGUUUUAAGUCCUGCCUGAAGUUUCUCGAGGAAAUUGUCAAGCUGACACCGCUGAGGCGCCAGGACGACACCGUUACGGUCAUGAGAGAGCAGUCCUGGGACCCGGAGAAGGACAAGAAUCAAAUCACCUCGACCCAAGAGGACUGCGAACUCGCGAAGAAGAAGGACAACCUCACCGCGGAUCCGUUCCAAGGACCAAUCGAACGAUUCCAAUGGAGGACCACUGCAAGCUACUACAUGUGCUGGUACACUAUGCUGGAUACCCCGGAGUUGGCGCGCUUCGGUGAACCCUGUGACAACAUGGCCUACUGUCUUGACUCCUACGGCAUCGGCAACAAGGACCCGAGAGCAGACGACGCGAAACCCUUCGCCUGCGCUGUGUACAGUUUUUGUCCCGACCCCUGCUGCCCUCUGGAGCAUAUUUGGAAAAUGGAGGAGUGCUAUCAGUCGCAGGAAAAUCCUUGCUACGAUGGGAAUGGUGCAGAUAACCGGAAAUGCGUUUUUCAACGCGAAGACAAUCGGGACUUUGAGUCAUUGAUCAAGAACCAGCUGAACGUAACCUGCGCGUGUCAGGAGGUGGGCUAUGAGUGGUCUUCGCGAUUCGGCAUCUGUGUCGACACCGACGAGUGUAGCACCGAGACUGACAAAUGCUCAAAGGAGAAUAUGAACACCUGCAUCAAUUUACCCGGUUACUAUGAUUGCAUGUGCAAUCUCGGGUAUGUUUACAGUCCGGAGGCAAAAAGUUGCGUCUUUAGUCAAGCUUUCGACAAGGCGCUCCACGGAGUUGAUGAUGAGGACGCUAACGAGACGGAGGUGAAAAGCGUCCUGGUGAAGAUUGUCAAAGUCCUUACCAGGUCAAAGGCUCCGAGUCUCCACAGCACCGUAGUCGCGUUAUUUUCUUCAUACAUCCUCGUCUUGUGUCAUUGA